GCGUGCCCUGUCAUAUCCCCAAAGCCCGGAGCACCAACAUGCGGGAUGGCGAGUGUGGAGGCAGCCGCCGAACACGAACGAAUCCUGCGGGAAAUCGAGAGCACAGACACGAACUGCAUCGGUCCCACGCUCCGGUCUGUGUACGAUGGGCAGGAGCAUGGCCUCUUCAUGGACAAACUGGACGCUCGGAUCCGAAACCACGACCGAGAAAUCGAGAAGAUGUGUAACCACCAUUUCCAGGGCUUUGUGGACUCCAUCACAGAACUGCUCAAAGUGAGAGGGGAGGCGCUCAAACUCAAGAGUCAAGUCACUGAGACCAACAGACAUCUGCAGGAGGAUGGGAAAGAGUUGAUGAACUCAAUGGAGGAGCUGCAGCAGUGCAGAGUUCAACAGAGAAACAUCGCCACCACCAUCGACAAACUCACCCACUGUCUCCCAGUUCUGGAAAUGUACAGCCGACUACAGGAACAAAUGAGGGCCAAAAGGUACUACCCGGCCCUGUGCACUCUGGAGCAGCUGGAACAAACCUGCCUGCCUCGUGUGGAGCAGUACCGCUUCUGCUCCAUCAUGUCGCAGAACAUCCCCAAACUCAGGACCCUGAUCCGGGACACGGCCAUGGCCCAGCUGCGAGACUUCCUGGAGAGCAUCCGCAAGCACUCGGACAAGAUUGGAGAGACCGCCAUGAAGCAGGCUCAGCUGCAGCGGUCCCUGGACAGCACCGUGUCCGCUCACCCGAGGCCUCUGAUUGGACGGCGGAACCGGAAGGAGCUGGCUGCUGCCAUGGCGAGCGCGGUCCAAAAUGGUGGCAAUCCAUUUUUAGAACAAGAGUCCGGGAUCUUAGACGAGGAUGAAGAGGAGGAGGUGCCUGGAGCUCAGGAGCUGGUGGACUUCUCUCCUGUUUAUCGCUGUCUCCACAUCUACACUGUUCUGGGUUUGCACGAUGAGUUUGAGAACUACUACAGGAAGCAGCGGAGGAAACAGGCCCGCCUCGUGCUACAGCCUCACUCUAACAUGCAUGAGACACUGGAUGGAUACAGACGGUACUUCAAUCAGAUUGUGGGGUUCUUUGUGGUGGAGGACCAUGUUCUUCACACCACUCAGGGCCUGGUGAACCGCGCGUAUGUGGAGGAGCUCUGGGAACUGGCUCUGUCCAAAAUCACCGCAGCGCUGAGAACUCACUCGUCUUACUGUGACGACCCAGACCUGGUGCUGGACUUGAAAAACCUCAUUGUGAUCUUUGCUGAUACUCUACAGGGCUACGGCUUCCCGGUGUCUCAGCUGUUCGACAUGCUUCUGGAGAUGAGGGAGCAGUAUUCAGAGAUCCUGCUCAAACGCUGGAACAUCACAUUUAGACAGGCGUUGGACCAGGACAACUACAGCCCCAUCCCGGUGUCCACAGAGGAGGAGUUCAGACAUUACACCUCCCAGUUCCCCCUGCACGACCCUGAGCUGGAGAAGUUGCCGUUCCCAAAGAAGCUGCCGUUUUCCGAGUUUGUGCCUAAAGUUUACUGUCAGCUCAAAGAGUUCAUCUACGCAUGUCUCAAGUACUCAGAGGAUCUGCAUCUCAGCUCUUCCGAAGUGGACGAUAUGAUCCGAAAGUCGACCAACCUGCUACUGACUCGGACCCUCAGCAACUGUCUGCAGUACGGAAUCAAGAAGAAGAACGUGGGGCUCGCAGAGCUGGUUCAGUUGAUCAUAAACAGCACUCACCUGGAGUACAGCUGUCACUUCCUGGAGGAGUUCAUCUCAAACAUCACCAACGUUCCUCUAGACGCCGUCAGCGCCACCAAACUCUACGGGCCCUCCACCUUCAAGGACGCUUGUCACGCGGCCGAGGCGGAGAUCUACACGAGUCUGAACGCAAAGAUCGAUCAGUUCCUUCAGCUGGCGGACUAUGAUUGGCUGGCUCCUGUGCCUGGGGGCGGGGCUUCUGACGUCAGUGAUUACCUCAUCGACCUCCUCGCGUUUUUGAGGAGCACCUUUAGCGUCUUCACCAACCUCCCUGGUAAGGUGGCGCAGACGGCCUGCAUGUCGGCCUGUAAACACAUCUCCACCUCUCUGCUGCAGCUGCUCCUCGACCCGGAGCUCCGGCAGAUCUCGAUGGGAGCUCUGCACCAGAUCAACGCCGACGUCAAGGAGUGCGAGAGUUUUGCCAGAGCCGGUCCGGUCGCAGGCUUCCAGGGCGACACGCUGCUGUUGGCCUUCAGUGACUUAAGACAAUUGCUGGACCUGUUCACUCAGUGGGAUUGGUCCACGUAUUUGGCCGAUUAUGGAAAAGCCAGCUCCAAAUAUCUGAGAGUGAACCCCCACACAGCUCUGGCUCUACUGGAGAAAAUGAGAGAAACUGGAAAGAAGAACAUGAUUUUGGCUCAACUGAGAAAAACAGACCGCGAUCGCCAGAAACUCAUCGAUACAGUGAUAAAGCAGCUCCGAAACCUCAUAUCUCAACAUUAGGACCACUUUAAACACAUCUGUAACCGGUUUAAACCAGCCACAACCGGUCCAAAGCGGUCCACUCCAAUCUGAACUCGCCCGAACCAGCCAGAACUCACCAGAAUCUGACAAAUAAACAUGAUAAAGCUUAGGAACCUCAUUAGAAAACAUAAACACUCUGUAAUAUCGUAAUAUCAGCCGUCCACAAACUUCUGUUCUUUUCUGGGUUGGUUUCACAAAUUAAAGAUGCACUAUGUAACUUUUUCUGCGGAUUUCCAUGGAGAUGUUAUUUCUACGCCCGGAAGGUUCCAUUGUAGAACAUUAAACGUUUACAUUACAUCUAGUAUUUAUCACAAGUGUUUUUUUUGCUCGAAAAUACCUUCAAAGCAAGUGUUCUUAGAGUGAGUGGGGUCGCCUCUCCGUAGAUCUGACUUGUAACUUUGUCACCGGUGGUGUCAGCUGCUUGUCUCCAUGGAGACAGAAAGGUUUAAUGCCAUAAUGUGGAAUUUUCUGCGCAUGAAAUAACAUCUCCACCGGAAACGCUACAUGAUGAUAGUGUCUUCUUCCCUCAGUCUCUCCCUCUCCCUCCCUCCAUCUUUCCCUCUCUCCCUCUAGAUCUCUCCGUCCAUUUCACUCCCUCAAUCUCUUUUUCCCUCCCUCCCUCUCACCCGCCAUCUCCCUCCCUCUCUCAAUCUCUCCCGUCCUUCCUCCUUCCCUCUCUCAAUCUCUCCCUCCCUCCCUUCCUCCUUUCCUCUCUCAAUCUCUUCCUCCAUCCCUCCCUCAAUCUCUCCUGUCCUUCCUCCUUUCCUCUCUCAAUCUCUCCCUCCCUUCCUCCUUUCCUCCCUCCCUCCCUUCCUCCUUUCCCAUCUCAACCUCUCCCUCCCUUCCUCCUUUCCUCUUAAUCUCUCCCUUCCUCCUUUCCUCUCUCAGUCUCCCUCCCUCUCUCAAUCUCUCCCUUCCUCCCUCCCUCCCUUCCUCUCUCUAUCUCCUUUCCUCCCUCUGUUCCUCCUUUCAUCUCUCAAUCCCUCCCUCCCUCUCCGUCCAUUUUUCCCUCCCUCAAUCUCUUAUUCUCUCCCUCCUUCAAUCUUUCCCUCCUUCUAUCCCGUUGGCGUCAUUGGCAAGGUUUGUGAAGUGUCUUGCCCAAUGACAUAACUAUAUGGACAGGUUAGAGCAGGAUUUGAACCACCGCCCUCCCUGUUCUAAUACACCAUCUCAUUAUUUAAAAGAACCAAGUGAAACCAGCCCAGUAUCAUCUAGUGCAAAUGAUUUUUAAAUGAAUGAAAAUGAUCGAAGGUUUGUGAAACCUUUACUUACCUUUACCGUACAUGUAGCUUCAGACGAUUUUACUGGAAGAAAAAAAGUCGAUCUUCCUAAACUAUUCAAAUUUUUCAAUUCUGUUUUGUUUUUUAUGCACUGCAGAUUGUCAGAAAUCUCCAAUGUCCUCCAUGUUUGUCAAAGUAUGUGUCGCAUUUGCCAAGAAAAAGUUCAAAAUCACGAUUGAAACUGAAUUUGAAAGCUUUUUUUUUUUUUUAUACGAUCAAAUACGUUAAAGGUUCCAUAUUACGCUGUUUUACAAUCUGUGUUGUAAUGUUGUUUCACGUGGAGUUGUUUUGUUUCAUUUGCACAAACCUGCAUUUUUAGGCCGAGUUCUUCUCUCAAUCCGAAAACACCGUUCCACCUUGUGAUGUCAUAUGUGAUACAGAAAGUGCUCCAUUUUGUUGUGAAACUGUGAACAGCUUCACUAGAAUCAGUUAGAUAACUUCACCGCUGGAAUUGCCAGUAGAUGCAUCACGAAUCUCUGACUUCCGGUCAUUGUGCAAUUCAUACUGGG